AUGUCAGACUUUAAAGGAAAAGUGGUUGCUAUUACCGGGGCAGGGUCCGGCCAGGGUCGUGUCCUUGCGCAGUUGUUGGCCCAACGAGGAGCACUCGUCUCGCUGGCCGACGUCAACGAGGCAGGCCUCGCGGAGACUAUGCAAUCGCUGGAAAACUCAGAGUCUCACCUUUCCACCGUGGUCGACGUACGCAAAAGCGCCUCUGUAGAGUCCUGGAUCGCAAAGACUAUCGAAAAGUUUGGAAAGCUGGACGGAGCCGCAAACUGGGCCGGUGUCAUCAGGAUCAACCCCGUCGUGGAGGAGACGGAUGAGAACUGGAACUUUGUCAUGGACGUCAAUUCCACGGGCGUGUUUAAUUGUAUCCGUGCCCAGCUCCGCGUCAUGAAAGAUGGCGCAUCUAUCGUGUCGGCGGCAAGCACCGAGGGACAAAUUGGCUGGCCGACAUUUGCAGCCUAUUGCGCAAGCAAACAUGCCGUUAUUGGCUUGACCCGUAGUGCAGCUAAAGAACAUGUCGGAAUACGUAUUAAUUGCGUUGCUCCAGGCUGCACAGAUACUCCAAUGAUGGCGAAUGACACGGUCGAGAACUCGGACGAGAUUCGAGCCCAGGUCCAGAAACGCAAAGCGAAUCCCAUGGAGAUCAUGCGUGUCGCAGCAUUCUUGCUCUCUGACGAGGCAAGCUUCGUGACUGGAGCCGUCUAUAACGUGGACGGAGGAUGGGUUUGUUAG